AUGAUUUUCUUUAUUUUUUAUCAAAUUACUAGUUUUGAACCAUUUGGUUACAGAGAUGAAAGUGAAGAAGUUCUUAUUAGUUGUUCAGCGGGAUUAAUUAGUGAAAUUGUUAUUCCUCGAACUGUCAAAGAAAUAUAUAGCGAAGAUGAAAAUAAUUAUGCCUUCAUGAAUUGUAAAUAUGGAAUCACAUCAAUUAAAUUUGAAGAAGGCAGUGAGAUUAUCAGUAUUAGUAAUUAUAGCUUUUGUUGGACAAUUAUAGAAUCAGCCGAUCUCAGUAAUUGCAAUCAUCUUACAUUACUUAAUGAAUCAGUCUUUAAAUUAUGUGAAAGAUUGAAAAUUAUUGUGUUCCCUCCAAAUAUUUCAAGUAUAGGGAAAAAAUGCUUUUAUAAUAAUAGAGCUCUAACAUCAAUAGAUUUACCAGAUUCUGUAAAAACUAUUUAUGAAUAUGCAUUUUAUUAUAGUGGAUUAACAACCAUAAACGUUUCAAAAAAUUCUAAAUUAAAAAAAUUAAACACAAAUUGCUUUUAUGAGACAAAUCUUUUAACAUUUUUUAUUCCAAAAUCACUUAGUGAAAUAUCUUCUGAAGCAUUUUGUGAUUGUAAAUCUUUAGAAACCAUAACAGUUGAUCCAGAAAAUGAAUAUUUUAAGAGUGAUACUAAAUCUUUAUUUUCAGGAACAGAUAAUUCAACAUUAUUUAGGGUUUUUAAAUCAUAUUCAGAAAGCGAAUAUAUUGUUCCUAAUUAUGUUACGAAUAUUUCCGGUUAUUGCUUUUAUCAUGUGAAUAUUACAUCUAUUAAACUUCAUAACAAUAUUGCAUGGAUUGGCAGUGGUGCGUUUUCUUAUUGCACAUCAUUAACAAAUAUCACAAUCCCUGAAAGUGUAACAUCUAUUGGAGAUUAUGCAUUUGAAUAUUGCACAUCAUUAACAAAUAUCACAAUCCCAGAAAGUGUAACAUCUAUUGAAAGUGAUUCAUUUUCUUCUUGCACAUCAUUAACAAGUAUCACAAUCUCUGAAAGUGUAACAUCUAUUGGCUUUAAAGCAUUUAAAUAUUGCACAUCAUUAACAAAUAUCACAAUCCCAGAAAGUGUGACAUCUAUUGGAGAUUUUGCAUUUUCUUCUUGCACAUCAUUAACAAAUAUCACAAUCCCUGGAAGUGUAAUAUAUAUUCGAGAUCAUGCAUUUUCUUCUUGCACAUCAUUAACAAAUAUCACAAUCCCUGGAAGUGUAAUAUAUAUUCGAGAUCAUGCAUUUUCUUCUUGCACAUCAUUAACAAGUAUCACAAUCCCAGAAAGUGUAACAUAUAUUGGAAGUAGUGUAUUUUCUUCAUGUACAUCAUUAACAAAUAUCACAAUUCCAGAAAGUGUAACAUCUAUUGAAAGUGAUUCAUUUUCUUCUUGCACAUCAUUAACAAGUAUCACAAUCCCUGAAAGUGUAACAUCUAUUGGCUUUAAAGCAUUUAAAUAUUGCACAUCUUUAGCAGUUGUUAUAAUCCCAGAAAGUGUAACAUCUAUUGGAGAUUUUGCAUUUUCUUCAUGUACAUCAUUAACAAGUAUCACAAUCCCAGAAGGUGUAACAUUAAUUGGAAAUAAUGCAUUUUCUUCUUGCACAUCAUUAACAAAUAUCACAAUCCCUCGACGUGUAACAUCUAUUGGCUUUAAUGCAUUUGAAUAUUGCACAUCUUUAGCAGUUGUUAUAAUCCCAGAAAGUGUAACAUCUAUUGGAGAUUUUGCAUUUUCUUCAUGUACAUCAUUAACAAGUAUCACAAUCCCAGAAGGUGUAACAUUAAUUGGAAAUAAUGCAUUUUCUUCUUGCACAUCAUUAACAAAUAUCACAAUCCCUCGACGUGUAACAUCUAUUGGCUUUAAUGCAUUUGAAUAUUGCACAUCUUUAGCAGUUGUUAUAAUCCCAGAAAGUGUAACAUCUAUUGGAGAUUUUGCAUUUUCUUCAUGUACAUCAUUAACAAGUAUCACAAUCCCAGAAGGUGUAACAUCUAUUGGAAAUUAUGCAUUUUCUCGCUGCGAAAACUUUAUUAAUAUUACUUUCCAAAACACCUUCUAUUCACUUACAUUUGGAUCUGAUCCAUUCAAGGAUAUUGAAAAUCCAAUGAAUAUCACCAUUUCAGGAAAAUUUAAUGUGAAUUACGAUUAUUCUUAUCCUGCAUUUCCAUAUGAAAGUAAUUUAUUUAUCACAAAUCAAAUAGUCUUAUCGGAUAAUUGUAAAAAAUUAUUUGGAGAAAAAAGAGUUCAUGUUCGCUUUGAUAACACAACAACCCUUUCAGAUCGAACAACAAUUGCUGUCCUUCAAUAUAUAUCUAUUGAAAAUAUCUCUAUUCCGCUCUUAAUUUAUAAAACUAUUCAUAUUAAUAAAUGUUAUGAAUAUGAGAUUGCCCUUCUCACGAAUUUUAUCAUUAGUCUUAAUAAACGAGCUGUUUCUUGA